AUGACUGGAGUACAAACAUUCGUCAUCACACAAAGGAAUGCCCCAGCGGGGCUCAAACCCGCGACCGCUGGCACAGCAAGUAGGACUCUGGACGAGGCUCUAGAGGCUAAAGCACAAAUUAUAGAGCUUUUGGAAUUAGGGCAUUUCCAGUUGAGGAAGUGGGCCAGUAACAUACCAGAGUUACUUUCUGAUAUUCCUCAGGAAGAAUGUCUGCUUAGUUCCAAAACAUUUACCGGCCAUGACUCUUGUAGCCUAAAGGUGCUUGGUUUAAAGUGGGAGCCAACUACCGAUACAUUUUCCUUUGAUGUUAAAUCUUCAAUCCGACCUUGUACAAAACGAGUUAUUCUGAGCGAGAUCGCGAAGAUCUUCGACCCCUUAGGUUUCCUUGCACCUCUAACCAUCAAGGCGAAGUGCCUCUUGCAACGGCUCUGGCUGCUUGGUAUCGAUUGGGACAGUGAUCCACCCGAAGAUGUGAAUAGCGUGUGGGAAACAUUUUGCAAUCAGCUGUCUAUAUUAAAGGACCUGCGUAUACCACGGUGUAUGACAAUUAACAACACUUUAACGUACGAAUUACAUGGAUUUUGUGAUAGCUCGGAGCUUGCGUAUGGAGCAGUUAUUUAUAUUCGAGUUUCAACUGCAGACGGAUUAACACAAACACGAUUAGUAUGUGCCAAAGCUCGAGUAGCUCCCAUUAAGAAAAUCUCUUUGCCUCGAUUGGAGUUGUGUGCAGCCGUCUUGCUGACAAAUUUAGCAAAAUUUGUGCUGGAUACAUACUUAACAAAAUUAACGCUCCACGCUAUUUAUCUAUGGUCUGACUCGACCGUCGUCCUAUCUUGGCUUCGUUCACACUCCUCUCGAUGGACCACGUUCGUAGCUAAUCGUGUGGGACAUAUCCAGGAUAUUUUCUCUACGGAGACUUGUUUCUCGCACUCGUUAACGAAUAUCGAGCUAAAUCGUAGUAGAGAUACACUUCUUAUACAGUCUGCACAUGUUCGUAUUAGCCAACUAUGGAACCAAGUUUAUUGCGCAGCGUUA